AGCGGGUCCCGGCGCCGCUCGCGGAGCCUCUCUGGAGCCGCGCUGCCGGCCGCAGGCUUGGAGGAGCAAAGCCCUCUUUCAGGAGACUUUCAAGUGAGGUGCCUUGAUGUCCCGUGGCCUGUUAGCUGAAUGAGCCCCUGCCAGGCUUGGCUGUGCAGGAGCUCUCCUGCUUCCUGAUAAGGCAUAUUGCACUGGAUCCAAGAGUGAUAUAGGAAAGCCCCCUCCUCUACCACAGGCUCCUGGGAAGAGUGGCUUCCCUGCAGGGCCGGCCUUGAAGAUGUGGACUGCUCUCAUGUGCUUCCUGCUGGUGUCCUUCUGUGUGUGCGAGAGCAGAGUUUCUGUCCUGAGCGAGAGAGGAGCCCGCGUGGUGCGGAUCAGCAGGCUGGCCUCGGAGAAGCAGUGCCGGAGAGCGUGCCGGGGCCCUGCGGCUGCAGGAAACCGCCACUGCAAUUGGUCCGUGCCGUACCAGAACCGCUGCAUCCUGCUGCGGUGUCGCAAGCUGAGCRCGUGUCAGGAUGCCGGGGAACAAGACCUCAACGACCUGCUUGGAGAAAUUGUCCUUAGGAAAAGGAGAACAGACUUAUUUCACCGCCAGAGAUAUCCAGAGCAGGUGGAGAAGAUGGUAAAUGCAGUGGUUGACCAAGCCAACACAGAAAACCUGCUUUCCUCAACAACUUGGACUGUCAGCAUUCACUCAAGGCAGUUGCUCAAUGUGGACGAUAAUGUUGGAACAGCAAAUGCAGGAAAAACAACUGCAGCUGMUGCUGCCACCACCACAGGGACUGCCAGCACUGCUGCAGCUGCAGCCACAAGUGGUGCAAGUACUUCUGCCUCCACUCCAGUUCCUGGAACAAGUGUUAAGGCUACAACUGCCCCAGUCAUUUCUAGUGGUACUCCUAAUAAAUCCACAUUUUCCACUGCCUCUUCUCCAACACGCCAUCCCAUCACUGCCCCCAUUGCCAAUAAUGUCACCAAGCUUGUGGCCACCUCUGAAAAAUCAGGAAAUAAUAGCUCCAGAUCAGAAUCCCCUUCUUCUUCCCUUGCUGCUGAGUCUGGAACAAGUCCUGAGGCCACUGCAGGGCAGCACCGGAGCCCGACGACCGGCACCCCCGGCACGACCGGCACCCCCGGCACGACCGGCACCCCCGGCACGACCGGCACCCCCGGCACGACCGGCACCCCCGGCUCUCGUAACGUCACCAUGGCCAGAGCGGGCUCACCGGUACCGAGCCCAGCAGCCACCACCCUCAUCCCUCUGGAUGCCCAAACGUCACUCAGCGCUGCCGCUCGUCCGACUGCCCUCGCUGCCACCGUGAGUUCACGUCCCAGUAAUCCAGCACCUAACGGUACGCUGCCAAAUCCAGAGCCAGAAGAAAGUACAGCCACAAGGCCCCUGAAUAAAUYGGCGACUUCUCCGGGCCCUACAAGUGCCAUGGUUUCAACAACCGUACCUCCAACCGAAGCUACAACUGGACAUGAGACAAAGUCAGUGUCUCCCAUCACCUCUACUAAGCAAAUGACCACAGCUCCUGCACGUGCGCCGGCCACGACUGCUCCUGCACGUGCGCCGGCCACGACUGCUCCUGCACGUGCGCCGGCCACGACUGCUCCCGGUCCUGCCGGAGCGCGGGACACGCACGAGGACUAUCUUCUCAUUGCUGCUCAGCCUCUGACUCACUACCUGGUAGACAAAAGUUCGCUUCUUGCAGUGCUUUUGUUUGGUACGGUGUUUUUCAUAACUGUCGUAGUUCUCUUCCUUAUUCAGGCCUAUGAGAGCUACAAGAAGAAGGACUACACGCAGGUGGAUUACCUGAUCAAUGGAAUGUACGUGGACUCGGAGAUGUGAAYGGGUGGGGAUAAAACACAGGGCAGAGCUGGAAAGGAGAUGGAAAGCCUGUCUGACUUGUUUUUCUUUCCCAUUUGCCUAUAAGACAAACUGAAAGUGCUUCCAAAUUUACUUCUGGUGCAAUUUAGGAGAAAUGCCAUGUACUGUAUUAAGAACAAAAAGKAUAUAUAUAUAUAUUUUUAUUCAACUGUGCACAGGUUGCGGUAAACAAAUAGUCAUUUGUAAAACUUUUCCAYGAUGCAAAAUAGCUGUGGCCAUUACUUUUCACUGCAAAACGACCACAACAAGAGGUGAGCAGUCACCUCGGAGAAUGCCUGGCGCUUUUUCAGUGGUUUACACUGCAAGUUCCUUGUGUUUUGUAGGUGUCGUGUGUGCUCCCCGCCGYAAAACAGAGCAGG